UCCGUCUGCUUUUGACAAGAGACUCUGGACAAAACGAAAUUCGAGAUCGAUAAGGAUUGCGGUGGCGUCGCGCAUGACUGAAUUAUUUUGCGAAUUACAAUCUCGAGGUUAUGAUGAUUGUAACGACCGAGUACCAGGUUGAUUCCAGUUGAUUUCGGUCUUCUCUUGGCUCGCGAAAUAUACAAAUACAAAACCAAUAACGGUCCUGACACAACGAUGUUCGAGGGGGCUAUAGCGGCAUUUUUGAACCGCCUGCUGGGCAGGUACGUAGAGGAUCUGGACACGGAGCAGUUCAACGUCGGUAUUUUCUCCGGGGAUACAUGUCUCACCGACCUCAAGUUGAAACCGGAAGCUCUGUAUCAACUGGGAUUACCUAUUAGAAUAGAGAUUGGCUUGAUAGGAAAAAUUAUUUUGAAGAUACCAUGGUCUGGACUUUUCUCACAACCAAUUGUGAUAUGCAUAGAGGACAUAUAUGCGGUAGCAGUACCUUCACUAUCAGGUCCAUAUGAUUCAGAGAUACAGAAACGUUUGAUAAGAGCAGAAAAAAAGAAAAUUCUUGAGGAUCUCAAAGACGAUGAAUUAUUUAGAGCAGGUCUACCUCCUCAGCUAUUUGAUGGUCUAUUAGCAUCAGUUACAAAAAACUUUCAAAUUACUAUAAAUAAUGUACAUAUUAGAUACGAAGAAAAAAUAUUGCGUAACUUUCUCUGUGCCUGUGGUAUAUGUAUACAAAGUAUAUCAAUUACAACUACCAACAAUAAAUGGAAGCCCGGAGUUUGCGCUACAAAUUCACAAACAGUGUAUCAGCUUAUACGCACAGAAUCGCUCAGUGUGUAUAUGGAUCACGAUACGGAAUCUUGUAUAAAUAUCCAGGGAAAUUGGGACAUGCCCAACCUUUUUGCAUGGAAAAGUGCGAUGCAUAGAUCCCUGCAAACGUUUGGAAUGAAGAACAAGGAAUUUCAGUUUUUGUUGAAGCCAUUUACGGCCAAGAUCAAAGUCAUUAUACACAAAGGUACAGAAACGCAAGCUUCUCGUAUGUUAGUUGAUAUUGUGCUCCAAGAUGUGGCAAUGCAAUUAUCUGAAGCGCAAUAUGCUACAUUUUACCAUAUUCAAGAUUCUUUGUUACGAGCGAGCAUCAAUAGACCACAUGCUAAAUAUCGACCAGAAAAAAGCGUGUAUGAGGAGCCAGCAUCUUGGUGGAGAUAUGCAUAUAAUUCUAUUUUGAAUUAUUAUAUCAAACCAUAUACUUGGUCGCAUAUAGCCAAACAUAGGAAAAAUUAUAGAAACUAUAAAGAGGUAUGCAUUCAAAGUUUGCAACGACCAAACGACACAGAACUGAAACUGGAUCUGCAAAAAUAUGAGGAUAGUCUGACAAUAUUAAACAUAGUGAUCGCUAGAGAGCAUGCUAAACAAGAAUUGAAAAAUAAGGAUAUCGAGCGCGAGUGUCAAACAAUAACGAGUUCAUCAAAAGAUGUCAAUGUCGAAAUAUUAUCGAACAAUGACCAAAAUAUAAUGGUUCAAUGCAACAAAGAAGAAAGUCAAAAUUCAAUGAUAGAUGUAAAGGAUAAUACACAGAUAAAAUUGGAAAAAUCAUUAAAGCAAAUUGAUUACAAAUUGAAUUUUACUUUGGCAAAUUGUUGUCUGACUCUUUUGAGCAAAGGCAAAGAAAUGUUGAUUGUAACUGUCGCACAAUUCCUGACAAGUAUUGAGGCACGGCCUACAUUAUUAGCUUUCAAGAUAUCUGCUCGUGCUGAAAGUUUUGUUAUCGAGGCUAUAUCGACUGACGGUGAUUUGGUUCCUUUAAUUACUGUUGAUAAUGUGUUGACAGGAAAUGUGUCUACCUAUUUUUUGGCCAUAGAUUUUGAGAAAAAUGGACUAAAUAUGGAUCCUAUUUUUGAAGUGUCCAUAAAGCUGGAAGCUAUUGAAGUGACUUAUCAUCAUUUUGCCAUAAUGGAGAUUAUAAACUUUUUCAAAUUCAACACCAAUUAUAUAUAUGACACGAUUCUCGGAAUAUAUAGAUUGUGGGAUUAUGUUAAAAGAAAAUAUUUCAACUUUGUGGACGACAUCAUUUCACAGACAUUGAGAAUUAGCUUUAAAAUAGAUAUUAUAUGUCCAUAUGUUAUAUUUCCCGAACACGGAUCGAUUCAAAGAGGAGGUCAUAUACUUGUCUUGGAUCUCGGUAAUGUGACAUUGGUCAAUGAACUUCAAGCAACAAAUCUGCAAUUGGAAGACGCUACUCUUAUGGAAUUGGAAGAAUUACUUUACGACAGACUUAAUAUGGUGUUUUCCGGGGCGCAGAUUUUAUUUUGUCAUUCGGGCGACGAUUGGCGUUCAGCGAGAAAACGAAGCGAUUCAGAAUAUCAUUUAUUAUCCAAGUUACAAGCGAACGCAACACUUUCGUAUAGUAUUAGACCGGAAUAUCGUCAAUUACCACGGACAAAACUUAAUGUACAUAUUUCAAACGUAAAAUUUAAUUUAUCAGAAAAUAAAUUGCAAUUGAUGACGCAUUUUUUGAAUAAAUUGCUUGUUCUAUAUGAAAAUAAUGUUGAAAAAUAUAAAGCUACCUUUAAAAAUUCUACUCUCGAAAAAAAAUCAAGAAUUGCUUUUACUUCGGUGAAAGAAUUGAUGAAAGUACAAUCUAGUGUGUGCUUGCCAUCUGUUACAAUGAUGCACAAUGAUUUUAAACCUAUUAUCAAGGAAGUUGUUACCAAUAAUGUACCAAAACUUGACAGGAGUGUUGUCUCUUCGGAAGUUAGCGAAGAAGACUUGGAGCUGUUAUCUAAAACAAUUAAUUUAUCUGGAUUUGAUGAUAAUAUAUCUCCAUGUAACCACAUUAAUUUGUUACUUCGAUUUGCUAUAAACGAGUUCUCCAUAAAUUUUGAACAUAUGGUGGACAACCGAGAACAGCCCUAUCUCAAUUUGAGAUUGCAUACUUUGUACUAUGAAGCAGCUAUGAUGGAAUAUGGUGUUGCUGUUCAAUUCGGUAUUGGAGCGAUUUUUCUAGUCGAUAAGACAAACGCUGGCGUUACUGGAUCAUAUUUGGAAUUGAUAUCCACCGACGAGUCUUACGAAGUUCUCGUUGUAUCGUAUCGUAAGGUUAAAUCAAAUUGCCCCGAUUUCAAGUCGCACUUUAAAAAUAUCGAACGCUCACUGGUUGUGAAUCUAUUGAAUAUUAAUAUCAAUCUUCAUAGAUCUGCAUUAUUAAAAAUAAAAGAUUACUGGCAUAAAUUUAAAACUAUAUGUGAUGGUACACUGAUAAUCAAGUAUGCUGAGAAGAUAUGCAGUAAUAUCAUAAAAUGGGAACAAAAGGAUAUAGAUCCACCCAUUCCACCAGGUAUAAGUAUUCUUGAAGAUAUACAUUUUGGGGGUGGAAAGGGAGUAUCAAUUAGUUUUACAUCUUGCAACGAUAUUUUUAUAGGUGCAAUUAAACUGAAUUAUUCAACCAGACUUAGCUCGCUAGCACUACGAUUCUGUGACAAGGAUAUAGAUUUAAUGGAGAUUAAAGUUUCGGGCUUGGAAAACGAUUGCAUCUACAAUGCAAACGAGAGAAUGGUGUUGCGUGCCCAUCUCAGAAGUAUACUUGCUGAAGAUUUGAACGACGACACGCUUUAUUCAAAAAUUUUGACAACCGAUGAGGACAAGGUGUGUGAUCUGAAAUAUGUAAGACAUACGCCAAGGUUAUAUAAAUGUUCGGAUAUUGACACUAAUCAGGAUGAUGUGAUGUCAGAUGGCACUUUCAAGCUCUCUAUCGGAAGAAUAAAUUGUGUGAUCAUUUCUAAAAUUCUGUACGAUUUAAGGAAUUUUGUGAGGCCAUUUGCUUCCACAUACUACACUCGCUUCUUAAAUUAUUUGAAAAAUAAGUUUGUCGGAGGAAUAGAGUUGUUCAAAAGGAGUGCAACGAAAUUACACAUUUUUAUCGAUAUACAAGGACCUACUUUUCUGCUACCACAGAAGAAAGAUGCCCCGAAUCUCUUGGUCUUCGAUACGGGCAUAUUAUCAGUCGAAAAUUUUUUCAAGAAUAGUGGACAAUCGAUGAAAACGAUGGUUAAUGAUAAUGGACCAUUGAUAAUCGAUAAUAUUUUGAUAAAAUUGAAAUCUGUGACUAUAUCUAGGGCAAUUAUGACCUUGGCGCGAGACUUGGAAGUGCAGGAACCCAUUAUCGAACCUAUACAAAUUCAGUUUGAUAUCAAGAGAAAAACGGAAUACCGUAGUAUUAUGGAAUUCCAAACGUAUGGUUUAUUCAAUGUGCAAGGAGCAAUCGAUAUUGUAAAUAUAAACUUGAGUCAACGGGAUCUUAAGUCCCUUAUAUCGGUGUGGCAAGAUAAUAUUUCCAAAAUACCGUUGCUUAAGAAGAUCAGCGAAAAUGAGGAUAGAAUUUCAAUGCAAAACUCCCAAAAGAAUGUCGAGCACAAUGAUGAUGUUAUGAUGAAGAAGUUGGAAGACUUUUUAACUCAUAAUGAAACAGUAUUAUGCGAAGUCAAUAUAAAACUUACUUUGGAGGGAUUGCAAUUGAAUUUAUUUAUGGACACAGAAGAGGUGUUGAGUUCUCCUGUGCGCGACUUGAAUCAUGGUUUGUGCAAAUUGAGCUUCGGAGAAACUAUAAAUACCUGGGACUUUUAUAGUGACAAGAGUGUGAAAAUGAAACUCUCUUUGCAAAGCUGCUUAUUGCAAGACACACGCAAAGAUUCGGUCAUUGAAAAAAAAAUAAUACAAUCGCCGGCAAUAUCCUUAGAAAAGAAUUUAGAAUCUCGUAUUUCUGUGUCGAUGUCUCCUAUAGUCGAUGUUACAUACAGUCGUACUCAAGCGAAGGAAAAGUGUUUCGACGCUCUUAUUCAAGACGUGCGAAUUAAUUUGUCUGUACCUUUCUUGAUGCAUUUGGGACGAUACUUUCUGGAUUCCUUACCUGGCGAGCAGAUAGAGAAAGGAAUCAUCAAUCAUGGAUACGAUAAUAAUAAUCAAAUGAACCGGAAUGCUAUAAACACAGAAACUGACAAAAUAAAUUGCUCCCAAUAUUUUAAGGAGCAACCAGGUACUUCUGUAUCAAUUAGAAUACAAAAGCCAGAUAUUUUUCUAUUCGGUGACUUGGAGAAAAAUAAUACACACGUGAUUCGAAUGCAGACAGAAGUGUUCAUCGAAAGCAGCAGACAUGGUUGUUCCUCUUCGAUAGUCUGCACCCUGACCAAUGUCAAUGCCAAGACCAAAGGUCGGGGAAAUUACGAGUCUCCGUAUUGGUUGUUACAUCCUUGCGAUAUAGAAAUUUCUAAAAAGAAAGAAUUGUCGAGCGGUAAUGAAGAAAUCGCCGUUGCUAUAAAUAGUAUUAAUGUACAUUUAUCAGUAGAAGUGAUCCAUACCUUUCUCGAUAUAUUGAAUGAAGCGUCGACUUUUUUGAGCAGCAUUAAUUCGAAAAUGGAUGAUGAUAACAAUCAAAAUGCCAACAUGUAUAAUAAUCUCUGGACACCAAAAAAAGUUUCUUGUAUACCGUAUAAGAAAACUGAUGAAGGAGACUCGAUGUUGGACCAUCAUCAUAACAAUCAUGUAAUAUUCAAUUUGAGACCUGUACUAAUUUGUAUAUUGUUGGAAAUGGAGUAUUCUGUAGGAAGAUUUCCAGUAAUGAGAAUAGAAACUGUCGUUACUGCUACUAUUGAUGAUUGGUACAACAAUUUCCAUCUCGAGUCUAAUAUAAAACUUCACGCAUUUUGUUACAAUAGAGCUUAUCAGAAUUGGGAGCCAUUCGUGGAACUUUGCACAAAGGAUGAUGUAAAUUAUAAACCAUGGGAAUUCAUUAUUAAGACGUAUCGAGGUGAAGCAAAUAUGAUUAAUUCCCAUUGGACAGAUUUUUGCCAUCGCAUAAAACAAGAUUGUACGAAAGCAAAAAAGAAGGAUAUAAAAUAUAAUGAACAAGAUGUAACAGAUAUGAUAUUUAUUGGACCUGAUGUUGAUGUGAUCUCUAAGAGAAAAGAGCCUGAAACUUACAUUACAUAUGAGGAUGAGUCUGAUACGGACGAUGACGAAAGCGAUACAAAAUUAACAAAGAUUUCCAAUUAUCUAUUUAAUAAUAAUAGCGAUGACGAAGAAAGUGAUUCCGACGAUUCGAGUACAAAUGAAGAUGAGGAACUGGAAUUAACAUUGGAUUGUAACUGCGAAUCUUUUAAUUCUACCACGCCACGUACGCUAGCGAAAGCAAAUCUUUUCGCGCCGCAUAUUAUUCUAUAUUCGGAGGACAAAAUCAACAUCACCAUAACGGAAAACAUGAUCGCGACAUGGAAUGCGAUGUCAAAUGCAUUUGCAAGAGUCAAGGGUGGAAUCCCGUUCGUACCAACCAACACACGAGAAUUGACUGUACUAAACGACAUAGGUCAUGCGAGUCGAGUGGAACUGCUUGUUCAAGAAGAAGUAGACGGAAACAGUGUCACGCGUGUCUUAGCCGCGCAUAAUUUUGCACAUGACGGAAACUCGCCGACCAGCGUGCCUAGCAGUCCGGAAAAUGAAACCCAAGUGGAUCUCACGAGUCCUCGAUGGAUCGGUAAAGACACCACCGUAGUAGUAUCAGAAUGUCAAACUUUUCCUGUCAACUCGCCGGUUCAAAUCUACAAAUUUAUAACUGGCGAGCUUCUUCGUGUCAUUUUUGAAGGUUUCGAGGAUGUGUUGGUGUAUUGCCCUAAGAAGGAGACAUGCAAUCUCGUAUCGCUUCGUCCUGUAAAACACGAUGUCCGCUAUUAUCUGGUAAUAGAGGCGACGAUAAACAGUUAUCUACAUCGUACGGUUUGCGUGCGGUCUCCGUUACAGUUUCGAAACGAAACAUCGUACGCACUUGAACUUUAUUAUAAGAAAGCGGUGGUUGACAAACUAGGUUUAACACCUACCGGUGAAGUUACAAAUCCUUUUGAUCAUAAUAUAAGAAUGGUGAUCAUCGAACCUGAUGCGACUUACAACAUUCCUUUAUAUAUCGCUUAUCAUUGUCCGAUACACAUUCUUCCUGCAUAUCUAGAAAAAUAUCAAGUCAGCGAGGAAGAAAUUUAUUGGAAAGAUUUGAGGGAUACAGCAAAUGCAUUUAAAGACGUGUGCUGCAAAGCGAAGGACGACAUUAAUUGUAAUGUAUUUUGUGUUAGGGCGAUAUGUACGGAAGUUCCGUUAACGACUCGUCCUUCGGGUUGUCAAGUGCCGAAUUACUUGAUAAAUAUCGUACCGCCUGUAAUUUUUAAUAAUCAGCUGCCCUUCGUCAUCGAUGUUAGUAUACCUAGCAUUAAUUACGAAGUGAAAAUCGAACCCGGGGAAAAAAUAAACAUGCAUUCUUUGCAUCAAAGCAGUAAUGUACAAUUUAUUUUUAAGAUACAUAAUUACUUGGGCGCAUCUUGGAUGGGUGCGGUAAAACUGAAUAUGAACCUAGAGCGAAAGUUUGUAUUAAUGUCUGCAGAUAACGAGUCGGAUUUGACGAAACCCUUCUUGUUAUGCUUAGAAUUAGGCAAAAUUUCCAGUUGGAACAUCAUUAUACAAUCACAGUAUUGGAUGAUAAAUAAGUCUGGCUUACCGCUAUUUAUCCAGGAUUGCCAUCCUCACAUAACUUAUGAGAUGCCGGAGGAAGAGUUGAUGGUGUUUUCUCAAAAGAAUAAUAAAAAGAGCAUGGUUCGAUUAAGGGCCCAUCAGUCCGAGUGGUCGAUGCCAUUUGGAUUGGACGGAAUUACAUCGAUGUCGUUGAUCGUUUGUCGAGAUAUUGAACGCGGGCGAAAAUAUCAGAUCUUAACGGAGAUAGAAAGUUCCCGCUUAUCGCCUAUUUUCACGAAAAUUAUAACGUUUCUACCAUAUUUUUUUAUCUGCAACAAAACUAAGAAGGCAUUGAGGUUUAUGGAAGAGAAUGAAGCGGCCGAUCUCUGGAAUGAUCUUUUACCUGGGCAAGAGAUAUCAUUCUGGCCCGUUACUGAAUCCAUGAAAAUGAGGAUAAAAUGGAGAAACAGUCAGCUGGUCUCGCAACAUUUCGAUAUUACAUAUGUGGGCAAGACUGUGCUGAGAAUGGAUAACGGGUCGGCGUUAUGCGUAGAGAUCGAAGGUGGCAUAAAUACUCCAUAUCGUAUAAUAUUCCGAAGAUACAUCGCCAACGAUAUACCUGUACGAGUGGAUAAUCUCUGCGACAAACUAUUUUUGAAGCUGAAUCAAAUUGGUUUGGGUCAAGUCGCUCUGCUCAAACCGUUUCAAAGUCUGCUAUACACUUGGGACGAUCCUACUCAGACUAGAGAACUGAUUUGGAACGUUUAUAACAAUAAUGCAUUCGGCUAUAGAACACAACUUGAAACGGACGGUUGCGGACACGAAACGGUAACUUUUGUAACCGUCGAACGGCGCGACAGUGCGUCUCAUUCCUCCCAAGUUGUUCCUAAAUCGCUAGCAAACGCGAAGCCGUCGUGGUCGGAAGAUACGAGCAUAAGUACUGCUCAUUCUUCUUCUAAUGUAGAAUCCGACACAAAGCCACAAGUGUUGGAGCACGCUCGGCAAGAUGAAACGGAGGUUUAUUGGGUGAGCUACAUGGAAGGUGAACAACGCGUGUUGCUAUUUACUCAGCAUGAGAGUGUAUAUCUGAAGGUGAGAAGCAUCAUCGAUCCCGAAGCGAGCAAAAGAGAAAUAUUUUUGUCAAUCGCGGCUAUUGGAAUCAGCGUUGUCGUAAAGGAAACCAAUCUUCACAGUGCCAGACGAGAGUUACUGUACGCCAGUGUGAUCGAUUCCGCCGCGCAUUGGGAGCUUUACUUCAGCAAACGAUGGAGGAGUUUGUCGUUGGAAUUGAGCGCUUGGCUGGAAAACAAGUAUACGAAUUCCGCAAAGGCGGCACAAUUGGAGAAUUUCAUUGAUGUUGAUUUAGUGAAAAUGCAGAUGACCAAACCAUUCUUUGGAAAGUUGCGAAGGACAUAUUCGCCAGGUAUCUGGCUGCAUUGCAGGGAAUCCACGACGCUUUGUUAUUUGCAGGGAUAUAUUCACAGGAUACAGGUUGAUAAUCAAUUGAGCGAAGCUGUUUUUCCGGUGGUUCUAUAUCCUAGCUUGCAAAAGACUUUUGUGAAUUAUGCUGGAACCCGCAGAUUGAAACACUGCUUAGAGUUCUCAUAUCUAAAGCAACGCAAGUUGAAGAACACCAUUUACAAAGGUAUAUGUAUCAUCAUCAGGGAGUUUAAUUUAAAUUUGGAAGAGACCUUUCUUUGUUCCUUGAUCAAUCUAAUACCUAAGAAUCCAGAGACCAAACACUCAAUCGCCGCCAAACUCAGGAGGGACGUGUCCAAUAUGCGUGUUCCUUCAUUUCACAAAAUUAAUAACAACGGCAAGAAAAGAGAUUUAAUAGAGCAGAUAUAUAUUUCUCCAAUGGCAUUGCGCUUGAGCUUGUUAGCCAAUGCAGACGGAUCUAACGCGCGUAAUUUCAGCAUCAUGCUCGAUUAUCGCAAUAUUCUUCGAUUCAUCUUUGAUUACGCGGAGAAAGGCGCGUUCGAAAGGGAUGCUGAAUUCAAAUUGCCCAGUUAUCAAAGAAAUUUCAUCGUCGUCAAUAAUGAGCAUUUAUUUCUUUCGCGCCUCUUGCGAACUUAUAUGGCACAGAUUAUGGAACAGUUUCAUGUGCUGGUGCGAUUAACUACUGUUUUGGGAAAUCAGUAUGGCUACAAUUUUAAAUCGCCAGGGAGCAACUUUAGCGAGCCAGAUUCAUUACUAUUAUGCGGCGACGAGGCUGCGGAGAGGCUGGCGUAUGAAGUGGCGUGCGAAUUGGGAUACGCUACGCCCGACGGUAUACAAACUUCAAUUUUAAACAACUAUGCACCUCUUUUUAAGGUAAAGGAUACAAAUUAUCAGAAUCCGGAUGUACCGCCUUUAGCAUUUUUAGUCGAUAAUUCAUUCGCUACAGAGAUUGAUUUAGAGACUUCUGGCUUGAUCACCACGUCGACAAACAAUAUUCAUCGAGAAGAAUCGAGAUAUUUCUUCAAAACAUUAGGGAAAAAAAUAUCCGUGUUGUUUAAGACGGAAAGCUCUUGUUUAAAAACUCAUUCGAAAGUAAUACCAGACAUAAUAAAAAGGGCGCAGGAAGUAGGACACAAUUUUGUAUCCAGGGUGCGAUUGCCACGAUAUAUUAAUCCACAUUUCGGUGUGGAGUUAUUCUCGACGCACAAAGCGAAGGGAGCGUACUUAUUGAACGCUAUAAGUAAAGGCCAUUGCAUUCGGAAUGAUUCUUAUUGGGGACACGCUGCACUCCACAAUGACGGAAAAUACAUUACACUAGUAUCCUUGCAGCGAAUAUAUUAUAUCGAGAAGGGAAAUGCUUGGGGAUCGUGGAACGUGAAAUGGACUUUAGAAACCAAUCAAUUGCUGUCACCGCCAACUAUCGCUAAAAAUAAACUCAUUUUGCAUGUAACAGAGGAAGAAAAAGAGACGUCAUCGUCAAUGGUAGACUGGUACGUGGAGAGCGAGGCCACGGAUAUUCUGGAAUGGUUAUGUCGUAGAAUGAACAGCGCAAUGAUCCUGAAUAUGGAAAGCAGCAUUUGUUCCAAGUGAGAGAAACUCUAAUGCACUAACGGCUGAGGCCGUUAUUGAGAAAAAGAGAAAAUGAAGAGCAAGGAACAAAGUGGAUACAGAGAUCAGUGUAUUUACAUAUUUAGUUUGGCGUAAUAAAAGGUAUAUAUAUGAUGAAUGCAAAGAAAAAGAAAAAUGAUGUCUCUCUUUCUCUUUCUCUAAUGCCCUACACUUCUUUUAUUAUCAUUAUAUCUUGUGCCUUAAGUCAGAUCGCAUCUUCGUCUUGGAUAAAGUACGUCUAGUUUAUUUCAUAAUUUAUUUACAAAAAGUCUUAGUAAAUUACACUUACAGGCAUCUCCACUCGAACUAAAGUAAAUAAUUUAAGAACUACAUGUAUUUAGAUAUCUAUAGAAUAGGAUACUUUGGGGUCGGGGAGAAGCUGGGACCAGGGAAAGUGUUCUGUUUAACUUAUUUCAAUAUAAUCGUUUCUAAUCGUUUCUAAUCGUAUCUCCGACGACAUAACUCGAGUCGUUUUUUAAACGACUUUUUAUACGUCGUGUCAAAACUAAACCUCAUUCCGCCUCUCUUAUAAAUUCAUUCUUUCUACGAAACGAGGAAGUAUACCAGUGGAAGGUGUGCGACGAGUUCGCGAAUGUAUCUUCUUUUUUUUUCUUUUCUUUUCUGCAACUUUCUCUUGCGCAAGAGUGGGAUUUUACAAUUACAGGUAAAUGUACGUAUUGUAAGAAUCAUCAAAAUAUGUGCAAGCUGACAAUCGGUAUUUGUUAAUUUUACAAUAACGUAUGCGCGCUUUGAAAAAGCAUAAAAUCUUGGUUAUAAAUAUAUUCCCAUUAGAAUCGUUUAAUGGCACGAUCGAGCUUAAAUUUAAAAAUCCUUUUUCUUUUUUUUAUCCUUUUAAUAUAUUCGUUUCUACAUUAUCGUCCAGUUUCUGUCUGCUUCUACAAUGGUUGGUUUUUUCUCAUCUUCUGGUUUCUUCUUUCCGCUUCUCUUUUUUUUCUUUUUUUUUCAUUAUCACAACAGUAUUUAAUUACGUUUUUAUAAAUACGUUUAUUCUCCAAAAAGAUUGCAAUUUUAGUUGAAUCCGCUAAUUUCAACUCUCUCCCUUAAAGGAAGUUAUAUCGAAAAGAAGAAACAAAAGAAAAAAAUGUAUAUUGAAACUGUAAAAUCUCCUAUUUUUUAAAUAAUCACUGUGAAAUUAAUAAUAAUUUAAGUAAUUAUUUAAAUCAAUUAUUUACUUAAUUUCGCAAGCUGCGUAUUUUCUUUCUCUUUUUCACAGACACUAUCCCCACCCCUUUUUCUACCGUCCCCCCCAUCCUCCCUGCAUACAUACGCAUCAUACACACGCACACAUUCCCGCAUUUUUCUUUCUUCUCUAAAGCCAUCUUUUACAUUAACGCACGCACAUAUAUGCAUACGUCCCAAAGUGUGCAUUGUAUGCACGCAUAGCAUACGCAUUCGUAUUCGUAUUCGUACACGCACAUCAUACACAAACAUUUCUCGCGCGCGAAUGUAAAGCGAACAUGUAUUUUUGUCCUCUACACUAUAUCUCGAAUAUUUUCUCAUUCUUUCACUUUUUUCCUCUAUGUUUUCGUUCCUCUUUCUCUCUCUCUUUCUGAAUCUCAACAUUAUAUAUACAUACAUACAUACAUGCACGCACGCAAAUAUACACGCAAAUACAUAAACACACACGGCACGCACUCACGCACACUCUUUCUUUCCUUCUCGCUCUUUCACGCUCCCUCUUUUUCUCGCUUUCAUUUCAUCAGCGGCUUUAUCACACAUGUCAUAUUAUUUUUUUCUCUUCUAGCAAUGUCUUUCUUCAGUUCUAGUUCUGCCUGUGCUCCUAAAGUCGAGACUUUUUGCGAUCCUAUGA